AUUAAUACUGAGCUCAAGAAUCAGUCGGUUGCCUAUAACUCGUCUCUUAAGUUCAUUUGCUCUCUAAGCGGUUUCCCUACACCUAAGAUAUUGUGGACUAAGGAUGGGGUUAAUCGCGGUAACAAGAACACUCUCACAAUUAAUCGAGUGAGUUAUGAAGAUGCUGGUCAAUAUAAAUGCAGCGCUGAAAACAGUGAAGGGAAAAGUGAAUCAGCUUUUCAUAUUACAGUCACAGGUAAACGUUGACUUAAUUUUGUUUCCUUCAGUUGCUCUUCUUAUUUUCUGACGUUUUUUUUUUUUUUUUUUUUUUCACUUUUUUUGAAUUGCACUUAUGAAUUCUAUGCCCAGGUCCUCCUGAAAUUAAUACUGAGCUCAAGAAUCAGUCGGUUAUAUAUAACUCGUCGCUUCAGUUCAUUUGUUGUCUAAGCGGUUUCCCUACACCUGAGAUACUCUGGACUAAGGAUGGGGUGAAUCUCGGUAACAAAAUCAUGUUUGCAAGCUUUGAUUUUUACGGCAGGGGAGAGCUGAGGAGAGAAGGGCAGUUGCACUAAGAUUGUGAACGACGGUUAAAAAGAAGUAGAGGGGGAGGGGAUGGGGAUCAAGUUUUAUAUAAAUCAUUAUCUUCCUUUUCAAAAUUAAAAAGGUUCUCCUGAAAUAAAUUCUCGGCGAGAGAUGUCUGUCAAAUUACAUUCAACACUUCAAAUUCAAUGCGUCGUGAGGGGUUUUCCUAAACCAGAGGUGAACUGGACAAAAGAUGGAAAGUUACUUGAUACCAGGAACAUGCUCACGACUAAUCGAGUGACUUAUGGCGAUGCUGGUCAAUACAAAUGCAGCGCUAAAAACAGUGAAGGGAAAAAUGAAGCAGCUUUUCAUAUUAAAGUCACAGGUGAAUGUUGACUUACUUUUUUUAUUUCAGUUUCUAUUCUCAUUUUCUAAUUUUUUUUUAUACUUUCACCUUUUUUGAAUUGUACUUUUGAAUUCUAUGUCCAGGUCCUCCUGAAAUUAAUACUGAGCUCAAGAAUCAGUCGGUUGCCUAUAACUCGUCUCUUAAGUUCAUUUGCUCUCUGAGCGGUUUCCCUACACCUGAGAUACUGUGGACUAAGGAUGGGGUGAAUUGCGGUAACAACAACACUCUCACGAUUCGCCAGGCGAGAUUGAAAGACUCUGGUUCAUACACCUGCAGCGCCAAUAACAGCGAAGGAAGCAAAAACUCAACUUUCUGGAUCCAAGUGGUGGGAGGUACGGUUCUUAUUUACACAUAGAAAGAACUGGAGUCGAUAAUCAAUUUAGAUCUUUGGUUGGAUGAGGAUAAAAUCGUUUCCAUGAUACCAAAUCAAAUUUUAGGACUUGAAACCACAAAAAUUUCAAAAUUGACUAAAAAUAAUUAAAAAGUACUCAAUUGAUGAUAACAUUUAAAGGGCGAGAACAUGCCAACUUACACACCAAAUGUAAAUGAAUUUCGCGAUCAGACACAUGUUAUUAAUUUUUGGGCAGUUUAAACUGAUUGCCUUUUGGAACGUCGAGCAAUUUUGACUUUAUAGAUAUCACCAUAUUUUGUCACGGCAUUUAUUAUAAAAGUCCAUUUAAAUUUUUUAAUUACCUUUUUUUCUGCUUCUUAAAUACCAAUGACUGACAAAUCACGAUUCAUAUACCAUUUUAGAAGUGCAAAAAUGUCAAAGUGGCUAUCAGUGCAUUAUUUAAGUAUAUAUUACUGAAGUUGGAAAGCGAAACAUCCAUGUAAACUUUUCAUUGAUUUAAAAUUUGAAAAUUCGGCGACCAAAACUGCAAAGAAAUACAUGAAAAUAAUCCCGCUGUUACGUCGUUAUGAACUUGUACUCCUGCUACAAUGGACGAUCUGAGCGUUUAAAAUGACAGAUUUAACGUAAUCUUUUCAUGGAAUGCAAACCUUUUAACCAUUACUAUUUGGCUAGUCUUCAAAGUAAAUGUGUAGUUUGAACUUAGAGAAACUGGUACUCUUGAACAUGGUAGCACGGGGUGUUGAUAUUACGCCUAACAACCAGUAAGAAAAUGACGAAGAAAUUAAUAAAUAGGUAACUAGAUUAUUACCUCCUGGGCUGUUGCUAAGAUAGGAAAUCUUUUAAGGAAAUAAAAAAAUGUUUUGAUGUCACAUUGGGCUGACUUAUACCUUCCUAUAUCAAAAGUGAAGAAAACUAAUUUCAAAAUAACCUUGGAUUAAAAAUAGACUUGGCAAUAACGUAGUUUGCUUUUAUUUUGAAACUAGUUAAUUUAGGGUUGGAUAAGGGAAGGGGGAGAGGGGCUUAAAAUGGAAAAUGCGACCCUUUGUUUAGCUUGGUGAUCUUUUUACUUCAAGUCUCUCCCCAGAUCAUUGAGCCUCCGAAAAGCCAAUUUCUUACCGAAGGAUACCCUGUAAACCUUAAUUGCGUAGCCUCAGGUAUUCCAACACCAACCUUCGUCUGGACUUUUAAUAAUGGUGACCUGCCAUCUGGUAUCAAUCAAACCGAUCACGAAGAAGAAUCAUUCCUAGUUUCGCCAAGUGUCACGAAAGGGAUGAGUGGGACUUACAGGUGUACAGCAAAAAACAAAGCAAACACAACCAGUUCCUCAGCAACUCUGCGUGUUUAUGGUAAGUUCAGUUAUAAUGAUAUUGAUGAUGAUGAUGAUGAUGAUGAUGACGACGACGAUGGUGACGUUGAUAAUGACGAUGAUAAUGUUGAAGAUGAAGAAGAGAAAUAGGGAGAGAAGAAAUUAAGACAGAAAAAUGAACUUGUAAAUCCAUAGGCAAUAGCGACGGAGAAAAGGAAUAGCGCGAAGAGAAUUUAGGCAAACUCGGCCCAGUUGUAUAAAGGGCAGAUAACGCUAACUAACGGUUAAAUAUUUAUUCGGUGAAUGUGUGAGAGUAAAACAUAAAGCGUUAUCCACCAGAUAGAGUUUUAUCUUGUGGAUAGUGUUAUCUACCCUUCGAUCGACCGGGGCCUGACCUUCAAAUCCCAAACUGGAAAAAUCUGAAGAAGAGACUUUCGAGAUGGAGAGAUCCAGAAUCUCAAAAGAGAACAAAAGGGAAGCGAGACGCAAAAGCCAAUUUUACAUACGACACACAAUUGGCAUUCUCGACAUUGAACAAGGACACUAAAACAGAGGAAAAUACUUCAAACGAAGACGCUUCCAUCCGUGACCGAAAUCGGAGGUCGAAUACCGAUCGAGCGUUCAAAAGAAUUCCUUCGCACUCUCAAUGGCUCUUGUAACUCGUAAUGAGACUUAACCAAUGAAGAUGGAGAAUAUCACAGAUUAACGAUUUACGGAUUUACACGCUGAAAAGGUACGAAAUAAGUUUUCAUUCGUAAGCUGGUCUAAGAAGCCGAGGGCCAAUCAAAUGGCGCGUAUCGCCUUUUUUACUUGUGAGGAAAACGAUACAUUUAAUCGGGAAGUAUUAUGCUUUUUGACGCGUGGAGCGCACCAAUGUCAUUCUAAUUAAUCCUUUCAGGAAUAGUUUCGCUUUUCAAACCACUCGUAAAAUUAUAAAAAUCCGCUUUCAGGACUGUUUAACGAGUCAAACUACUUUCAAACGAUGACUAACGAACAUCUGUGGAGAAUCAUGCGGAAUAGAAAGCAUGCAGAGGAAAAACACAAAAGAGAAAACAGCGGGUCGGUUUGUACCAGAAAUCUCAUUCGUUCGCUGCGCACACCUGUACGGACAGACUUUCCUUGAAGUAUUCCCUGUCGGUUAAAUUGUCAUAAGAGAUUUUGAUUCUAGUUGCGUCUAUGAUGUCCACAAUUUCUCCACGGAAAUUCAACCACGCGAGCUUGAGAAAAUGUUGCAAGUCCACUCUCCUCAGGAAGUGAUAGAAAACGAUCUAAUGAAGAUGUUGUGGUGCUUUAGAAUUUAGAAAGACGAUCAUUUACUUGAAAUCAGUCCCAUUAAAAUAGUGCUGGAAAAGAAAGAAACUUCGUGUUGCAUGAGUCACUUGUUGCGUCCUCCUGAUUCAAGGGUGCAGAAAAAAGAAUAAGAGAAGAUGAAACACUAUAAAGACCUUAAUUCAGAAGUUUAGCUAAGGAUCUGGGGCGGUCGAAACAGGAAAUUUAAAACAUGAGGGCUUCAAGCUUGUUCUGAAACUCUAUCGAAACCCCUCCGAUACUCUUUUAUCAUCUUCGGUCACAUUUGACUAUUUUCGUUUCCAUGUUUUUGUUUGUUUUGUUUUGUUUUUUGGAGUGUCUAUAAUAUAGUUGUAGUUUUAAUUCGACACUAGUAUUCUAAUGAAUUGCCUCAUUUUGAACGCAGGAAAAGCCUCUGCUCAAGUUGUUCCAGAGAAAUACAUAACACUGACAAAAGGAGACAUCCUCACUUUGACUUGCAAAGUCAACGAGGAAACAAUAAGCGUAAUAUGGAAAAAAGAUGGAGACCCAAUAAUAGAGAGAGCAAUUAUAGAUCAAAGAUUACAUAAACUUGUUAUUACUGAAGUUGUGGAAAAAGACAAUGGUGAAUAUUCUUGUGAAGCACGUAACAAGCCAGGAACUGUGGCUCGCUCUGUUGUGACAGUAAAUGUCAAAAGUAAGUUGUUUAAGCAAGCACAUAUAAUUUUAGUAAUUAACUAUGUACGGUCAUUAUUAUAAAACACACCUCCGCUUUUUAUGUUCCUCACAAACUUUUCCAGUGGUUUUAUGGUCUUCUGGGAGCUAGAAAUUUGAAAUGAAUUAAAUUUGUAAGAAAUUUUUAAAAAAUUUUUCAAAACGAAUUUGAAAUAGUAGCAGUAUGUUAAACAUAUUCUAUAAUUCUUUCACCAAUCUUUCUCCUUCUAUCUGCCUGUUUUUUGUAAAGUAACACAUCUACGUCUGUUUUUCCAAAGGUUAAUCCCGCCCACCCAACGCGAGCAAUGAACAACGUAAAUUGUUGCAACAAAAAAAGAAAAAAAAUUAGCUCUCUAUCUGGAUAAUUGGUGAUAUUAAUUUUUAUUUUUAAUGCCGACCAGCAAAUUAAUUUCCUACAAAGCUUCUUCUAUUAUUAUAUUUCAGGAAAUUCAGAGGCUCCCUCCAGCAGCUCACCUCCCUCCAGCAGCUCACAGGAGUGGUACUACAUUGGGGGACCUUUGGCUGCUGUGGUUUUUCUACUGGCGCUCACUUCAUACAUUAAAAAACGCCGUGAGACAGGUAAAAUGUUACCAUACGGAAAUAAAAUGUCUUAAUAUGGCAGAUUGUGGCUUUUAAUACGUCAAUGUUUUAGAGCACGAAGGAGCUAUUUUAAGCAGGUCAUAUUCUGCAUUUCCAGCGCUGAUUUUGAAGGUCCCUCUACAGUCCCGGCAAAGCCCAUUACUAAUCAAAUUACAAAAACGUUACAAAUUAUAUGAAACUAAUCACCAUAAUAACCCACCUUAUUCCUUCACCCGUUGUUUGACAACAGAGUCAAAUAUAAGUCACACGUGGUUUCUGAGUCGCAAGCUUUAACUUAGUUAAUGAUGUCAUUCUUACUCACAACGAAGCGAUUUCUUUCAUCUCUUUCCACAUAUCCUUUGAUAAUAGCCCCACCUGAGGUGCCACCCAGGCUGCAGUAAGUGAAUUGUCUUUUUUUUUUUUUUGACGCUCACUGUUUGAACGUGUGGUUAUUUCCGAAUAAGUUUUAGUAGAGUAGUGAUAAGUGUCACUGCUGAGCAAAUACGUCUUUUUUUAUCAGUUUGGACCGAUUAUAUUGACCAUUAAGAGCACACUGGCCAAAAUAAAAGGUUUUUAUUUCGAAGCAGCUGCAGUUUCGAAGAGGUUCUUAUCAAAUGGCAGUCAAAUGUUUCCUAAUAUUCUUUCUGUUUUGGAUUCGUUCGUCCUUCAAUUGUUUUAACACCUUGUUUAGUAUCUUUUUUUUUGUUACCAGUAUGCCUGGUUGUGGGUGGCGUACUUUUAAAGAAAAAGAGAAGCUUUGACCCUUCGUCACUCUUUGUUACAGAAAUUACAGUUGAAAUACACUCGGAGUCUUGUAGACCGAUUUAAAAUACCACUCGAUAUAUCGAUUGUAGACAAUACUUCGGAUGGUUUGGUUAGUAUAUUAUUUCUCGCGCAGGAGGCACGAUAUUUAUAUGAUGUAAAAUGCCGAAAAACAGUCCAGUUAGGUUAUUUUGAGAUUAUCUUCUAUCUUUAUUCUUUUUUUUUUUUUUCAAUAAAAUCUUCUCUCUGGGUCGAUGCGUCGAAAAAACGGGUUCAGUAAAUUAGCCUCCAAAUUUCACCUAUUUCAAUAAUUUUUCAUUGGCAAGUGAUAAUUUUCUGAAGCACCCGGAAAUGAAAUGAAAAGAAAAAAAUUUGAAUUGAAGAUGUAGAGGAUAUCUUUACCACGUUAUUUUAAACCAGAUUCAAAGAAGGAAAAGAUAGAUAGGUAACACACAUAGUUAAAGUCUUGUUUUCAUCUGCAAUUAUUCAGUGAAGGGGAAGAUGAAGUUGAGAUGGAUCAGCUGAACGCAAACACAGACGGAUGGGAGAUUGCAGUUGACCGCCUCAUCCUUCGCGAGCAUAUUGGCAAAGGGGCAUUUGGUUCAGUGUGGCGAGCGCUACUGGGUCGUUCCCGUGGCAGACCUGGAAAUCGCACAGUUGCUGCGAAAUGCUACCUACGUAAGUACUUUUUCAGGUCUUUCUUUUAUACAAAGCUUGAUUGAACUAUCCUUUAUUAAUUUUUUGAGUAAUUCAUCUCAAUAAAGAGCAUUUCUCUUAGAACAUGCUUUAUUAACCUACCUAAUACAUAACAUGUAUGGCUUAAAAACUAUGAGCUGUUCAAAUGAUUUAUCAGCUGGCAUGUCAAAUUAAUUGUUAGCGGAUGGUUCCCGGGGGGACCAGUUGUUAAAUCUUUUGUCAAACAACUCUACUAAAAUAGAACAGAACACGAAUAUCAUUUGGAGUAUAAGAAGCUGUGGAGAAAAAUGAAAAUUUAUCGAUUAAAUUGCAUUCAAGUGUAUAAAAGCGGAAAAUACUACAAAGCUAAAAAUGUCAUUAUGUCGUAUAUUUUGCAAAGUUGCCCGCUUAGAAACUUUUAGUGGGAAAUAAUGUCAUGACACCUCAAAGAAACCUUGAGAGGGUGAGUCUAGCGGAAAAAACUCGGAGCCAUUUGCCAGUCUAGUGGUGGUAGUAUGAUCUUCUUGCGCUGGACAAGCUGAAAAUCACAAUGCAGUAGAACCUGUAUUAAGCGGUCACCUUGUAAUAAGCGGUCAGUUUUGAAAGUCCCGAAGCUUUCCUCCUUUACUUAUAGUACUUUUUAUAUCAAGCGGUUGUGGUCACCUUUUACUAAGUCCCAAAAGCCUAUUUGUAAUGUUCCCCACCUUUAUCGAACGGUCACUAAAGCGGAAGUAAUCAAAUAAAAUUAAGAAUAAUCUUUCAAGUAAAAUUUAAUCCAUGUUUAUCUCCAGAAAUCAAUGUUAGGAAUAUUUUUGAGCGAGGUUGUGUAUGUUAAGUGGUCCGUGAUGGCAUAGAGUGGCUUUUUUUAAACUUUUAUCAAUGUAGCCCUAUUCCGUGGAACCUAUAUUAAACGGUCAACCAUCCCCGCGCGUGACCGCUAAAUACAGGUUCGACUGUAACAAACGUAGAGAGUCAAAUGAAUUUAUAAUAACUCUGGGAAUGCUUACGAAUUAUUGUAGCUUUUAGUAAGAUAAAAGCAAGGAUUAUCUAAUUUAUGACCUGCAGGAAACAAGAAGGCGCAAACAGAGCAUGUAUUUAAAAAAAAAACUGUCCCAAAUAUAUAUUCGACUGACUAUUAGUUAUUAUAACAGAUGGAAUUUCUAGGCUUAAUUGCGUCUCUACUUUUGUAAGUUAUCUGUAAACAAUUGCACGGUUCAAUGGGCUUGCCUAGUUAACAACAAUGCUCGAGAUGCGCAGCGUUUUCUUAGCAAAUAUUUUUUUCAAGGAGGAUGAAUCUAUUUUGGAAAUUUCAUGUUCAAUAAAUUGAACAAUACGGCUAACUGACAUUUUUGUGGCAAGUAUGGAUUAUAUGGAGUCUAGUAAAUUAAUUUUUUUUUAUGUAGACCAAAUGCCUUAUAAUUUGCGCUGGUAAGAUAACACCAAGCAUACAACAAUUCCAGAUGUGGAUGUUUACCACAUAAUUAAUUGUGUCUCUCUUGACAUGCAAAGUUUGUUUGUUUAUCUAAUUUUUGUGUGGUUUCCUAGCAAUCUCCGGAGAGAAAGGAAGAAAGGCCCUGCUGAGAGAGAUCGAGUUAUUAAAACUCUUUGGAAGGGAGGGCCAUGAAAAUGUUGUUAAGUUCAUUGGUUGUGUCACAGUUGGAGGUAAUCAGCUAUUGUUAUGAUUAUAAUCAGCUAAUUCACAGCAACGAUAGAAACAUCUCUGAGUUCAACUACUGGUACAAUUACUUCUAUCAGUAUUCUUAGUCCUUGCUAAGAUGGUGUACUAACUCAAUGAUUAUUUUCAAUUUUUUGACUGUUUUAAAUGAAUUUACUUCGCACUGUAUGAGGGGCAUUUUGCUUGGAAGAUAUCAGCUCUAAAAUCUACAUGCUAAUUGUGAUAAAAACUUCAACUUACGAUGGCAAAUCUUUGUCUAUUUAUCUGCCAUCUCUGUUUUUUCUGUCUGACUGUCCGUAGAUUUCUAUCGGCCGUAUGUUUCCGUCUAUUUUCUAUCUGUGUGUUUUCUUCUUUCACUUUCCCUCUCUGUCUCUACUUUGAUUCAUUACAGAUAUAACCUAAGGUAUAACUAGAUAAAGCAUGUACAUUUCAAACACGUUUUGGAACUUCUGCACUGCUUGCCGUAAAAUAAUGUUCUUGUUUUUCCCUUUUAGCUCAGCCAAUACUUAUCAUGGAGUACCUGUGGCGAGGUGACUUGCUGGGUUAUCUCAGAAAAUCCAGGGGGGUUUUCGACCAAUAUCAUCAUGGGGUCGGAGGGGUCGACCACUUGACAACAUAUGACAUGGUGCUGUUUGCUAAACAGAUCGCACAUGGUAUGACUUUCCUCGCGUCCAGAGGGGUAAGUGCUCAAACUCUUUCUGGUCAGCAUGUGGUCCUGCAUGUGAUAAAAUGGCAUGACUUGCAAAUCGUCAAAGUAAUACUCCAUACGGCUAAAAAUAUGCAGGACAUUAGAGUCACUAUUUCACCGAGAAAUGGUCUGACAUUAGCAUGAUGUUAAACUUUCUACCUAUAUUUUACUUUUUAUUUUAUGUAGUUUAUAAAAGUCCCUUUUAGCAGAUCAUAAAAUUAUUUGUUUUCGAUUUCAGAUAAUUCAUCGCGAUCUUGCAGCUCGUAACAUCCUUCUUGAUGAGCAUCGUGUCUGCAAGUUGACUGACUUUGGGCUCUCUUAUCAGGAUUUCAAAUACGGCCCAGGAAAUGCCAAGAAGGUAAUUUUCAGAAUUUUUUCAUCAUUUAGUCAAUUGGUUUUGGGGCUGCUGGUAUGGAAGAUAAAAAUAUGAAGAAUUAAAAUAUUACUGUCCUUACAAACCUUUCUUUUCAGUUAUACAGUCUUACUGCAAAACAUAUUUCCCUUUAAUUGGAAAGCCAUUCUAAGCUAUCGAAACUUUCACAGAAAAAAAAAAUGUACCUAAGGAGUGAACACAGGAAAUAAGAAAGCCGGAAGAGAUAUCGUUCUCUGAAUAGCAAAGAUACAAACUCGAAGGGCAAAGUAACACAGGAGAUUUAAAGCAAAAGGAGUGUGUGAAUCGUUUUCAUAGAAUUUGUACAAAGGUGUCUACUGCUGUUGACUUUAUUGUGAAUCCUCACAUCACGGUUUUCAUCUUAUAUGCAAAUUAUUUUAGGAGCUGUAUACAAGCCUCUUUAGAUUACAGAUGUUUAUAAUAUUUUGGUUACUCAUCCAGGGAUGUAUCCCAAUCAAAUGGACUGCACCCGAGAUUCUCUUUGGACAUGUGGAACAGCUGUCAACCAAAAGCGAUGUGUACGUACAGUAUUGGUUAUUAUCUACAUAUAUUCCAAGAAUGAAUAUUUUUUACGAUUGUACCUUAACGUAGCGAGGGAAACUAGAAUAUUCAGUGCUCUAUUAAUAAGAGAGUCAUUAGGAAACGUCAAGCUGAGGAACAGCUGAGGUUGCAGCUGUAGUAUGAGACUUUAUAUGAAUAAUAAGUUUAACGACCACUAUCCAAAAUCUGAUUAGGACAAGAAAAGACGGAUGAAAGGAUGAGUGGAUAGUCAAACUAAUAAAUAUGGCGUUUUCUCUUAGGGAGGUUGCUUAUAUCUUGAUGGCAUGUUUUUAAACACCCCGAGUAUCUGAGUAAUUAUUAUCUUUCUACCCUAGUUGAUAUAUAUCGUCAUCCUUCCAUUUCUUUGACAGGUGGUCCUACGGCAUCGUCUUGUAUGAAAUCUUCACUGUCGGUACUUAACUUAUUUGUUACUUUAUAUUCAGGAAAUAUACUUGCCGAAAUUGCACGCAUGAUUACUAACUGAUGAGUGAUACCGAGCGGACAAAAGAGCAUUGUACAAUAGAGAAGUAUAGCAACUUGAAAUAAAGCUUAAGUUUAAGUAGAACGGAAAGUCUUUAGUACAUUAUUGAAAAACCUUAAAUCCAUCGCUACACUUAAAUUUGCUUUUUUUACAGUACUCUUUCAUCUGAUAUAAAAACGAAAUGUAUUUCAGCAAUUAAUUGUCGUUUUGACAGAAGAAUCAUUUCGAUCGCGCUGAGAGGAAUGAAAGUGAUUACAACAAAAAAAGUGUGCUUUUUUGGCCAACAGAAAAAAAACAUUAUUUUUCCACAGGAGGCAUUCCUUACGAUGGAUGGUCUCAAUCCACGACAAUGAAAAAAAUCGAAGAAGGUUAUCGUCUGCCAAAGCCUGAACAUAUCGACGACAGUUUGUAAGUGUUGCUUCCUCUGUGUGGAAUGUUAUAUAAGUCAAAAGCAACAUCGAUUGCUGCUGUGGUCAGGUGUUUUUGAUACACUCGCUCUGAAUAAGUAGCCUUCCUAAGAAAUUAAUUUUAUCUUGUCACUACAAAAAUUAAAAUGAAAAGUUAUUGAGUCAAAUAAAGAAUACGGUGGGUUUUUCAUCACAGAAUUCGUUUGAGCUGCAAUGUAAUGAGAUAAACUUAGCAUUUCAGUUAUUUUUGUGACUAGUUGUGGUUUCUCAACUUUGCUACUUGCAAUAUUAAUGCCUACCGCAGAAUUACUGUGAUCAUAUGUCCCUGUGUUUUUCUAUAGAUACGCGGUGAUGUUAAACUGCUGGAAAUACGAAAGCGCCAGCCGGCCACACUUUGUGAAGCUCUACCAAACAAUGGAUACAUAUAUUAAAACAAAGGUUUGCCAUACAGCGUCUAAUUCAGGAUAUACUUCAGAAAUUGAAAUUGGUGUCCUACCAAGUCAAUUGCGAAUUUCUUUUCUCGUCAAUAAUGUGAUGUCAGAACGCAUUAACUACCCAGCCGCUAACAAUUUGUGAAUUCAGUUUCAUCAUGAACCAAUGUUACUUUUAAACAUACGCAAGUGUGGUUACGUCAUGUCAGUCUGGAUCAUCCUUAUUUUCCCUCUGUUGUCUGUGCACAAGAAAGAACGGAACAGAUCUUAAAAUAACACUUUUGGAAAACUUUGACAGAAAGGAAGACCUUACCUGACUUUUAUUCUUAUCAAUUCAUGCAAGUACUAAUGGUUCUCGUCUUUGUGAUUGAUAUCUGAUCUGCUCCUUUUUUUCUUUUUAGUGACUCAUUUUUGGAAUUUCUUUGUUGAAUUUUUGAAAUUCAUUCGUUCAAGAUUUUUUAACUCAUGCAGUUCCUGAUUACCUUCUAAUCUUUUUCAUAGACAUAUGUAGAUAUCUUUGACGAUGACAAGUAUGAUCAGGAUAAGUACAACUCUGUCGAUGACCGUGGAGCUGUUGCAAACCCAGAAGAUGCAGGACCGGACGAGCUAGGAGCAGCUGCAGCAAAUCCCAUCGGUGAAGUGGGUGAACACGGUGCUACGGCACAGCCCUUUCUGGUUGCAGUGGACGAUGAUGCUACAGCUUUCCCUCUUGGAAUUAACGUAGGAGACGAAGGAGCACCUGCAACAGAUCCCGACCGUGAAGUGGGUGAACACGGUGCUACGGCACAUCCCUUUGUGAUUGCAAUAAACGAUGGUGCUCAAGCUUUCCCUUUCGCUAUUAACGUACCAGAGGAAGGGGCAGCUGCAGCAAAUCUCUCCCAUGAAGUGGGUAAGCACGGUGCUGCUGCACAUCCCUUUGUGGUUGCAAUUGACGAUGGUGCUACAGCUUUCCCUUUCGCUAUUAACGUACCAGAGGAAGGGGCAGCUGCAGCAAAUCUCUCCCAUGAAGUGGGUAAGCACGGUGCUACUGCACAUCCCUUUGUGGUUGCAAUUGACGAUGGUGCUACAGCUUUCCCCUUCGCUAUUAACUUACAAGACAAAGGGGCAGCUGCAGGAAAUCUCGCCCGUGAAGUGGGUAAGCACGGUGCUACCGCACAUCCCUCUAUGGUUGGAAUUGACGAUGGUUCUACAGCUUUCCCUCUCGGAAUCAAAGUAGAAGAAGAAGGUUGCGCAGCAUACCCUUUUGAGAGUGAUAAGAAAGAUAUGGAUGCCCAAGCGUACCCUUUGGAGAGUGAUACUUUACCAUACCUUAGCGAGAACGAGGAAGAUGUUGAUGACUCCGAGUGCCCUCUUGCGAUUGAGGAAGAAGAAAUUGAUCCUUUACCAUCCUCCCUGGUGAUGGAGGAAGAUGGUCUAGCUGCUUCAGCAUGUCCCCUUGUGACUGGCGAAGAAAAUUCUGAUUCUUUAGCAUGCCCCCUUGUGGUUGAGGAAGAAGAUUCCAAUAACUCAGCAUGCUCCCCUGUACUUGAGGAAGAAGAUUUGGAAGCCACAGAAUGCCUUUCUGUUACUGAAAAAGAAGAUCCUACCUCUUUCGCACGCUCCGCAAAUGAGGCUAACAAACGCGAUGCCUCACCAUUCCCUUGUGUGAUCGAAGAGGAAGAUCUUGAUUCUUUAGAAUACAAUCCUCUGAUCGAAAAAGAAGGCCUCAGUGAUUUCUUCUUCCCUCCAGAAAUUCAAACGAAUGACGAAGAAGGUGUAACAAGUAAACCUGAAAAUACCGUUGGUUAUGAAGGUGCUGUAGCAGUUCAAUCUGAAAAGGAGACAGUAGAAGAAGAACCUAAGACUUGCCGACAAGAGUACACGAAGGAUGAACAAGACGAUCUUGGAAACUAUAUGGACGACCAAAGUGAUGCUGUAGACCUUUUUGACGGAGACGCUGGCGUACAAGAGUAUGAUGGUAAUCAACUUACUGCUGCGGAUAUGGACGAAACUGGAAAUGACGACGACGAGGAGUCAUCUGAAGCAACUCCUCUUGUGCAGGACUGA